UGUACCAUUCUUUACUGGAAGUAUUAAGUAAUCAUUAGGAAUAAAUGGUUCCCCUCAAACAUUCUUGUAAUUUCAUGAGAAUAAGAAUUAAAAGGAUAUCCAGAUUAUAGGAUUAUCCAGAAAAUAUUUAAAUUAAAUAUUUGCAACUUUUGUAGCAUAUUUGCAAGUGUUUGCAUCUUAAACUUAAAGAUUCGUAGUUCACAAUUAUUAACCCAUUAUAUUUGUUCCCAGUUAAUUUACCAAACUUCUCGUUCACUAUUGCGGUGCAUCGAAGUCAACGGGACGGAUUUGAUUUGAAUUUCCACCCGCCUCCAAUGUUAAUCAAAUUGGCACGUGAUUUUGGCGCGUUGAAAUUCUGUCCCGUUUACUUCGAUGCGCCGCAAUAGUAAAAACGUCUUCUUAAAAGCCCAAUUAAUUCAAUAAAUGUAACAAUGCAUGUGCAUGCAAAACAAAAUUUAUAUUGGAUCCAGUAAGAACGGUACAGAGAGCGGUGAUGCAAAAAUUCUGCAAUCUAAUUUUAUUUAUUAGUUGUAGUCGCACCAAGCCUCACUAAGAUUUCCCUUUUUUGGGGCCUUGUUUAUUUAAUACUUGUAAUUGAGUUCUUUAUAUAUUUAAUAAUAAGCACCACACAUUCCUUAAAGCUAGAGUUGAUUAGAAGAUUUAUUGUCAACAACAUUAAUGCGUCGCUGCAAAAAUUUGAAGAUUUCAAAUUUGAAUAACUUUCUGAGUUCCUAACGGAUUUGGAUAAUAAUGGACUUAAAAUAACCGGAAUGACUUUGUCUACAAUGUUUUCAAUAAGAGAACAUGUUUGGAUGGCCCAUUAAUGAACUAUGAAAAGAAAUGUUCAGUAUGGGGCAAAUUUUCGCGUAUUUUUGCCAAUAACUCUCUCAAAAAACAAAAAUUCCAAAAGGCGACUCGCACAUCGUUUUGAAAUUAUCUAACAAUGAUCGGUGCAAAAUUUCAUCCAAAUCGGUUGAGAAAUGACGGAGAUAUCGUCGGUGGUCACUUUUUUGGGGAGGGUCAAAUGCAUACUUAGUAAUUUUUUUGUUGCUAGGUAUUUGCCUCACUAAGAAAAACAUCAAUCCUGCGUUGAUUUCGAACAACAUUUCGUGAUUUUCGUGAGAAAUCCUAAAUGACGUUGAACUUGUACAGUUUUUCAUGCAAUAAAUAGCUUUGUAACAACAAAAAACAUCAAUUUUGUUCUGAUUUCGUACAACAUUUCGUGAUUUGAGGUGAGACAAGUGCUUAGGGCUUGAGACUUGACAAGUGUUGUAUUGUACCCAAAUCUAAAAAUUUUGACACCCUAAAUGACGUCGAACUUGAACAGUUUUUCAUAAAACUUAGUUUUGUACUGUUCCAACAAAAAACCCAAUUUAAAAUGAAACGACGCACAAAAUCUGAUGCUGCUGCCGUAGUGCCGCAAAGGGAGGACGACUGUAACAUAAAGUUACUCAAGAUAAGUGCCUGUCUCCUAGUCGUGUUUAUCUCCUUUGGCGCAGCCCAGUUCGGCUGGCAGCUGAGGGAUGAGUUUGACGAGAUCAAGUACAAGUAUGACAUGGUCACGGAGAAGAACUGCCCCUUGAAACCGAGAGAAUUGCUGUAUUUAAGCAAAGACCAGGAUAAUGAUGACGUCGUCACGCAUAAACCUGACAUUAAGGAAAUCAAUAUUAAUCCCAUUUUACCCAACAGGACGGCGUUACUUCAUUUGCACAAUGUCGCCAUGAGCAGAGCUUUCUUUUGGUCAUACAUUCUCCAGUCUCGAUUCAUCCGACCAGCAAUAAACGACACGUACGACCCAGGAAUGAUGUACUACUUUCUCUCAACUGUUGCUGACGUCUCAGCAAAUCUGAGGAUAAAUUCGAGUGCCAUUUACUUUUCACCAAACACGUCCUUCUCUCCGAGCUAUAGAGGAUUUUUCAACAAGACUUUCCCCUUGUUUGCGCCAAGAACUUUCAGAAUGGACGAUUUCAAUGAUCCCAUCCAUUUGGAAAGGAUUUCUACUUUGAAUACUUUUAUGGUACGAGAUUUGGGAGCGAUUCCAUCCAACAGUCAAAGUUACAAUUAUACCACGGAUUACUACAAGAUCAAUGAUUGGUAUAAAGCAUGGCUCCCUGAUAUCGUUGGAGAAAGACACGACACAAAAACCACGUACCAAGUGGAGAUUAGAUAUGCGAAUAAUACGAAUGAAACGUACACCUUUCAUGGACCACCAGGUGCCGAUGAAACGCCUGGUCCGGUAAAAUGGACGCGACCCUAUUUUGAUUGUGGAAGAAGUAACAAAUGGGUCAUUGGAGCUAUUGUUCCCAUCGCAGAUAUUUAUCCUCGAAGUACCCAAUUUCGACAUAUUGAAUACCCCACGUACACUGCCGUAUCCGUAAUUGAAAUGGAUUUAGAACGGAUAGAUAUAAAUCAAUGUCCCCUCGGAGAGGGGAAUCCUGGUCCGAAUAAGUACGCAGGGACGGCACGAUGUCGAGAAGAAACUACCGAAUGUGAACCUAUACACGGCUACGGCAUGAGAAGAGGGGGCUAUCAGUGUCGGUGUAGACCGGGCUUCCGUUUGCCGUUUGUAGAUCGGAGGCCAUUCCUGGGCGAAAUUAUGGAACGAAGUUCUACCGAACAGUAUCGCAGUUUCUUUAAUUGCGAUCCGAUAGGAUGGAUUCAAACUCGUCCCGUGGAGUGGUUUCCUGCUCCGAAUUACACGCGUGAAAAAUAUCUCGAUAUUUACCAUACUUACCGAAACAUGAGCUUAUCCUCCGGCACGACCUAUUUUGCUCCGGAUGACCCACUCUUAGUAGCACAGAAGAAUUUGAAUGUCGUCACAAUGUUGAGAUUUGUUAAUUCUAUUACGGCCAAGAAUUGUGGAAAUUUCAACCCAACCGAUCUCGUUUUGAAUGGAGAUGUCAGUUUCGGAGCUCAGGAACAAUUUGAAAACGAGGCACUAAUGGCUAUUCGAUUGGCGAACUUUUUGAGUGGAUUUAUGCAAAUUGUAGACCCGGAUGAAGUAUUUCCGGGGAAAAGAUUGCCGGACAAACCUUUGUCAGAAGAUCAAGUUAUUGGAGAGACGCUUGCCUUGGUUUUAGGGGACACUAGAAUUUGGUCGGCUGGUACUUAUUGGGACCGGAAUAAAUUUACUAAUCGGACAUUAUUUGCUCCAUUUGGAUAUAAACGUGACUUAAACACGAGAAAGUUCAAAUUGGAAGAUUUAGCACGAUUAAAUAAGACGAACGAGGUGUACUUGAACAGACCGUUUUUCAAGUUCCUUAAAAAUCGAUGGGCUACUAAUUUCGACGAGUUGGAGAAACAUUACUUGAAAAUUCAUUUGAGAAACAAUGAGACUGGAAACUUUCAGAGGAAAUUCGAACAAUAUCCAACUUUUUAUAGAGCUGCAAGCAUACACCAAGGAUAUUGGACAGCCCCAUAUUUCGAUUGUAACGGUCUCGUUCCGAAAUGGUUGAUUACUUAUGCAGCACCAUUCUUUGGCUGGGACAGUCUUCGAGUCAACUUGGAGUUUAAAGGAGUAGUUGCAGUCUCAAUGGAUUUACUUCAACUUGACAUCAACCAAUGCGAUGACGAAUACUGGGUUCCCAACGCGUUCAAAGGGUCACACAAGUGCGAUCGGCAAUCUUCAUAUUGCGUUCCCAUUCAAGGAAGAGGUUUCGACACGGGAGGCUACAAAUGCGAGUGUCACCAAUCAUAUGAAUAUCCCUUCGAUGAUCCUAUCACUUACUAUGACGGACAAUUAGUGGAAGCCGAAUUCUUAUCAAUGGUCCAGAACAAUAAGACUCGGUUUGACAUGUUGAAAUGCAGACUGGCCGGAGCAUCGAGUGCCGCAGCCAGUUCGGUCCUGAUUUUGGCCACGUCCAUCAUACUUUUCUGGAGCUCUCUAUUUAUUUCCGGCAAUUAAUUAAGAGUAUCGAUCGACCUUCUUAUCUUUAUUUCUAGAGACGGAUUUGUACUCUCUGUUUCUUUCGAGUUGCCAUUUGUCAGAUUAAGCAUUUGUAAUGAUCAGUGGCCGCGGAAGGGUGGGGACAGAGGGACAAUGUCCCCACGGUUGUUCGAUGUCCUCAUCAUCUGUCCAUGUUAUAUAAACCCGUCCCUCCCCUAUCCUUUAAUGUUAAUGAACCCACAUGUCCCCACGGCUUCCGCGGCCACUGGUACCGUUGGCAUUGGUCAUAUUUAUAGUGUACAAAUAUUGUGUGUCCUUGUGUUCAACUUUUCCUUUCCAUGAUCGCGUUGAUUACUAUUAACCAUCAUAAACUUUUGGUCCUCUUUUUAUUGUGUUGAAUGCACGUGGAAUGGAAUUUGUGGUAUUUUCUGUUCCAUCGAUGCUUGUAAUUUUGCCCAUAAUCUUUUUAUUGUUGGCUUCGCAGUGUCAUAAACCAGCCCAACUUUCUCCAGUAUUUAUGAGUGUGUACUUGGAUUAAUUGCGAUGUAUUUGAUUUUAUGACUUGAUUGUUUUACGACAAUUUUUGGGAUGGUAAUAAUAAGACAGCAAAUCCGUCCUUGUACUCAAGUAUUUAUGACACUUUACACAAAAAUGGUGAAUCUCUAUCCGGUGAAAUAUAUAUCUCUGUAGUCAAUAUCUCUCUAAAUACAUAGCACUAAUUUUUUUAUGACAUUUACAACUUUAUAAGAUUUUAUAUAUAACUUGUUGAAUUUUUAUGAAAAUUGUUAAAUAAAUAAAUACAAAAUAAAUUGAAAAGUCAAGUUUCAAAUGCA